AUGGCUAAACAACAAGACCUGGAGGACGGUGAAGAAAUCCUGAGCACGUUUGAAAAGUUUGUUCGGAAUCAGGGACUGGUAAGAAAAGCCUUAUAAACAAUGGUUAUUUAUUAGAUACUGCUGCCAAUGUGUUGUUUUAACGUUUGCUAACGUUAACAAGUAGUUCAUAGCACAGUCCAGGCAAGAUUACAUAGUGUAGGCAAUGUUGUUUUCUACCAUGUGUUAAGCUGUAAGAAUACAUUAACGUGUUAAUUGUAUAGGUAUUUGAGAUGGAUAACAACAUGAUAAUAAUCAACAUAAAUACUCACAUAUAACAAAUAGGCCUACAUCAUGAUACUGAAACGGUCUCUCAACAUUUUCUGUAGGUUGACUGGCCCGUUGCGUUUGAGGAGAAUAUAGAGAUAUCAUCACACUUCAAACAUUACAGUCAUCCCAGACAGAUAUAUGACUACUUUAAAGUAAACGUGCCAUUCCCAGUGGACGUCGCCAUGUCCUUCUCCAAGAGCAUAGAGGAGCUAUAUUCCAAAAUAAAACUACAUGCAUCCAUAAUCUCACAAGAACAGAGCAAAAACAAGAAUGCGGAGUCAGUGUUUGAUGACGUUAAUAAAUGUAAGUAGCUACACUACCCACAGCUCUCAAAUUCACCAUCAGGCCAAAUUGUGCAUUUCGAACCCAGUCUCAACGAAACAGGGCUGCUGUGAAGUGGUGAUAACAUUGCCAUUAUCUCAAUGUUUCUUUCUCAGAUAAAAUGUAUGUGGAAAGAGCACAUCGAAUCAUGAAAGAACAGGUAAUGAUUUUCAGACAGUGAAAUUGCAGAGGAGCAGUUAUAGUUAUUUGUAUUAGAUUGUAUAAUUUAUAUAGGAUGAUUCUGAUUUACAACAACAUUGACUGUUCAUUUCCAGAGUGAGGCAGUGUCGCGGAGCUUGGACAUCAAGGUGAGUCUGUUGUCUUGUCUGUUUAUGGCUCUUUACACCAUGAGGGCAUUAUCUCUCUGGUGUUUACUUAGUUAGACUAAUGAGUUGUGUUUCUCCAGGACUAUGACUACCCAGGGUUUGAUGCAGUCGUGGAUACUGACAUCCCAGGACAUCCUGAUGCCUUACAACAUUUGGACAGUGUCUCAGAGGCCCAAGGCUUCAAUGUACGUACCUGCAAUCUCAUAUCUACUCAGUGUGUGUGUGUGUGUGUGUGUGGUGUGGCCAGUGUUCUGCUCUCUCUCAUCACAGGGGAAUACUGUGGCAGCUCUGCAACCAAUCAUGUUAAUCUAAGGAGUAGCCAGGCUCCUAUUAAAGUCCUGUAGUAUUAACAGUCUCAGGUUGCAUCCCAAAUGGUACCCUAUUCCCUAUAUAGUGCACUACUUUUAAUCAGGGCCCAUAGAGUUUCCCAUAGGGUUCUGGUCAAAAGUAGUGCACUAUACAGUAUACAGAAACAGAGAGACAAAUGAAAUGCAGAGUAAACCAGCGCUGGGCUAGGUCUUAUUUAUGACCAGAAACACUAAUAUCCAUCCAUCUCGCUGAAAGCCAGAUGUGGUCGGUCCGGGUGAUGGAGAGCAGACUUGUUAUGUUAUGUCAGGUUUCACAGAUACCUGAGCGGUCACAGCUUUUAGGAAAAAGAGAAAGGGAUCGCAUGCAAACUUCGCAUGCACGUCAAGCACAUGUGUAUUGAAUGUGGCCCUCUCCCGCUCUCGGUGCAUGCGAUCGGAUUCGACUGCAUUCCAAACACACAUGAUUAAUCUCUCACAUAUGUACUGUAGCUAUGCUGCUGUGUGCCAGUCUUUAAUGGCAGGGUGGAUUGGUAUUCAAUGAGAAGUAGAUUAGAGAUUAGCUAGUUAUCUGUAAUGCUUUAUUUAACACUCCUGUGUCAGCUGGUAUUUACCAACACAAUUGUUAACUACCUACCAACAGGUAAGGACAUGGUGCCUGUUUCAAUGAGUUAUCAAAAUACUAAAGCAUAAUUCUUAUGCAAUUCUUAUGUAAUUACCACUUUGCAAUUACCAUUUAAUUGCUGUGUACAUAACAGGACAAUUCCAUCUCAUUGGGGUUAGGCUAAUCAUCAUUAAUCCUGCUGUGUGUGUGUGCAUGUGUGUGUAUGAUUCUUUACUGCAGCCAGGCUUCCUGAAGAUCUGGAGGCCGUUCUUUCUGUGUGAUCUGUCCGUGGCUGUUCUCAAAGACACAUUCUGGUGGUUCUUCCUCCACAGAUUUAAGGUGACUUCACUCCAACCUUUGUGAUGCACUGUAUCAACGCACAAUGCUACAAAAACAUGUAACUAUGAUACAUAUCCGUAGUAAUAUGAGGCAGAUGAUGGGGGAGACAGUACAGUACAUCCAUCACUGGUAAUACAGUAUUUAUAGAUGAAUGUGAUUUAGAGGAAAAAGCAUGCAGUGAAAAUUAUCUUAUCUGACGGUUUCUGCCAGAUUCCACAACUAAGUUAUGAUAUACUCAGUAUUAAGCAGAGGCAGUCUUACGCACGUAUGCACAAUAUAACGUGAAAUAUCAAAAUAUUGUACGUAAUUGGUCUUGAUAAAGUUGAGUAAAGGAUGAAAUGUAGGGCUCUGUGCGAACACUUAUUUUAGAAUAUGUUCUGACUGUACAGUAGUUGUUGGAUGCUGUCAGGUUAGGUAGCCUGCAGUACCUUACAGUGUGGAACUGUGUGUCAAUACCCUCCCAGCCUAACGUGGAGGAGGAGAGCCAGUUGUUUGAUCGUAUCUCUGGAGCCUUUGUCUCUCUGCUGAUGACUGUUCAGAUGGACCUGAAGGACAAGCUCUUUAAGGUACUUAUAUUUAACAAACACUGUUAUCCAGAGGGAUUUACAUUCAGCACAUUCAGCUAUCACAAUCUUUGUAGAACCUUCUUCAAAAAGUUGCUGCUAUCUGCAAAAUCAGUGCUAGUAACUUACUUGAAGAAUAGUGUGAGUGUUUGUGCAAGACAAGACAAAUCCAGCAGUCACAGUAAAGCCUGUGUGUGUUCCAGGUGUAUGCAGACUGCCUGGCCCAGGCGGUCUACGGAGCGUUCUACAGAGCGUUCCCUGAGUCCAUGGAACGUCUAGGCAAUGACUUCAAGACAGACCUAACUGACCUCAUCUCCCUCUGGGUAUCAGGUUAGUGUUAGUGUUUGGGUCUGGUGAUCAUCGCAUGCAACCACAUCACGCUGUAUUUAAAGUACAGUUAAACAUCUCAAUGCAUUACAGACUUUCUAAACAACAAAAUGACAUACUCUAAAUGACAAAGAACAACAAAGAUCAAAUCAAAAUGUAUUUGUCACAUGCUUGGUAAACAACAGGUGUAGACUAACAGUGAAAUGCUUGCUUACGGGCCCUUCUCAACAAUGCAGAGAGAACAAUAUAAACAUUUUAGAAAAAUAUUAAUUACACGAGGAAUAAAUACACAAUGAGUAACGAUAACUUGAUAUAUACACGGAAUACCAGUACCGAGUCCAUGUGCAAGGGUACGAUGUAAUUGAGGUAGAUAUGUACAUAUAGAUAGUGGUAAAGUGACUACGCAUCAGGAUAGAUAAUAAACAGUAGCAGCUGUGAUGAGUCAAAAGAGUUAGUCCAGAAAGGGUCAAUGCAGAUAGUCCCGGUAGCUAUUUAGUUAACUAUUUAGCAGUCUUAUGGCUUGGGGGUAGAAGCUUUUCAGGGUGUUGUUGGUUCCAGACUUGGUCCAUUGGUAUCGCUUGCCGUUCGGUAGCAGAGAGACCAGUCUAUGACAUAGGUGGCUGGUGUCUGACAGUUUUUAGUGCCUUCCUUUGAUAAGAACAACAUACAGUUAGUGUUUAAAAAUAGUUAGUCUCCUGUGUGUCUCUGUUAGGUGUGAAGCCCACCAUGUUGUCGUGGCAGAGCUGGAACCUGGGCUGGCUGGAUCCUGUAGACACGUCCGGGGAGAGCCAUGGAGAGUCAGCAUGUGGUAAGACCUGA